AUGUCGCACACAUUUUCAAACCUACUGCUCAUCGUGUCCGUCUUUCUAUCUGGAACACAAGCGGUUCCUCAAGCCCCAAUUGCCUCAAUUUGUUCCUUCCAAUGGACCCCGUCCAGUGCUUACGACAUCUUUAAGGACCUCAUUAAUACUUCUGGAUACCAUAAAGACGUUCGUCCCAUCAACGCUUCUGCCCCAUUCGAUCCCACGACGGGAGCCACCCCUACAACUGUCAAGGUCAACUUCUUCGUGUCCACGAUCGAGUCCAUCGAUGAGGUCGGGGGGUCCUUCAGGGUGCAACUUCUAUUUCGACAAAAGUGGCUUGACCCUCGGUUGGCUUACGAAAACAGUUUUCAAUACCAAAACCAAUGCAACAACAACCGUCCAUCUACGUUGAGAAUUCCUGAUUCGAUGAUUGACAACGUGUGGACACCAGAUCUUUACAUCAGCCAAGAACUUGACUCCAAGAAGCAUGGACUUUUUCAUCCCAAUCAAUUCAUCAAAGUCACCCCGAAGGGAAACGUUAAUUUCUCACAAAGAAUCACCCUGACUCUGUCCUGUCCUCAACUAGCAAAGUCAGACGUGGUCAAGAAGGAAUGUGACAUGAGUGUUGAAAGUUACGGUCAUCUGCAAGACGAGCUUGCCUUGGACUGGACAGAGGAACAUCCCGUCUACGUUGAAAAGGACAUUUUCGCCCCCAGAAAGUACAAGUUGGAUAAGUUGACGAAUGGGAGAUGCGAUACGACAACGUCAUAUGGAGUGUAUAGUUGCAUCAAGGCAAAAUUCCAUUUUUCCAGAAACUAG